GCGUGGUUGAAAUCCUCAAACAGAAGCGCGUCGCCUUCCAUUCGGCUGCAUCCGAUAAACACGCAACGUAUGUGGUGGAUCAGUAACAUUAGUUACACGACAACCGUAACGACGAAAGAGUGGGAAAAUGUCUGCAAGGACCACAGCAAAGUACGUGAAGGAAAAGGACCGCAGUCGUCGACGACUGGAACAUCUUCAGCUGCAGCCUUACGUUGUGUUGCGCAGAGCAGACAUCAGUGAAGCUAUUCGUCCUAAGCAGGAGGAGCCGGACCGCACACGCAUUAAAGACGAAGAUGUGGGCAAGGAGGUCCACCACUUCAAUGAACAAAUGGAGCAGAAGUUUCUUUGCACUAUUAAAGAGGAGGAAGAGCCGGAGCGGCCUUGUCAGAAAGAGGACGGAGAGGACUCCUGCGACAUCAAAAAGGAGGAGGAAGAUACCUGCGAGAUGCCAUUGACUGGUGUACUUGUGAAGCAUUUAGAUGAGGCUCAACGUGAGGUGAGCAAAGGGGCGGAGCCUCCAAGCUGCAGCUCAAGUCCACAUAUGACCAGAGAAGGUGAUGGAGACCACUGUGGGGCAUCACGAGCAGCUCCACCAUCAGAUAGUGAUGACGUGUCGUCACAUGUUUCUGCUGAUGAUGAUGACUCUCAAAACAAACACAAGCAAUGUUCUCACUGUGGAAUUUGUUUUGCUCAUAGCAGUAGUUUGAAACAACACAUGAGAAUGCACACAAGAAAGAAAAACUUUUCCUGUUCAGAUUGUGGAAAAAAGUUCUCUCAGAGGAGACAUUUAAAUACGCACACAUUAACCCACACUGGCGAGAAACCUUUUUCAUGCUCAGUUUGUGGCCAAACGUUCUCUAAGAGGGGACAUUUAAACAGGCACACAUUAACCCACACUGGCGAGAAACCUUUUUCAUGCUCAGUUUGUGCCCAAAAGUUCUCUCGGAGGGGAAGUUUAAAUAGGCACGCAAGAAUCCAUACUGGCGAGAAACCUUUUUCAUGCUCAGUUUGUGGCCAAAAGUUCUCUCAGAGGGAACACUUAAAUUCACACACAUUAACCCACACUGGCGAGAAACCUUUUUCAUGCUCAGUUUGUGGCCAAAUGUUCUCUCAGAGGGGAAAUUUAAAAAAGCACACAAGAAUCCACACUGGCGAGAAACCUUUUUCAUGCUCAGUUUGUGGCCAGAAAUUCUCUCAUAGGGGAAGUUUAAAUACGCACACAAGAAUCCACACUGGUGAGAAACCUUUUUCAUGCUCAGUUUGUGGCCAAAAGUUCUCUCAGAGGGGACGUUUAAACACGCACACAUUAACCCACACUGCCGGGAAACCUUUUUCAUGCUCAGUUUGUGGCCGGAAAUUCUCUCAUAGGGUAAGUUUAAAUACGCACACAAGAAUCCACACUGGUGAGAAACCUUUUUCAUGCUCAGUUUGUGGCCAAAAAUUCUCUCACAGGAGCAAUUUAAAUUCACACACAUUAACCCACACUGGCGAGAAACCUUUUUCAUGCUCAGUUUGUGGCCAAAAGUUCUCCUGUAGGCAAAGUUUAAAUAUGCACACAAGAAUUCACACUGGUGAGAAACCUUUUUCAUGCUCAGUUUGUGGCCAAAAGUUCUCCUGUAGGCAAAGUUUAAAUAUACACACAAGAAUCCACACUGGCGAGAAACCUUUUUCAUGCUCAGUUUGUGGCCAGAAAUUCUCUCAUAGGGUAAGUUUAAACACGCACACAAGAAUCCACACUGGUGAGAAACCUUUUUCAUGCUCAGUUUGUGGCCAAAAGUUCUCUCAGAGGGGACAUUUAAACACGCACAUAUUAACCCACACUGGCGAGAAAUCUUUUCAUGUUCAGUUUGUGGCCAAAAAUUCUCUCAGAGGGGACCUUUAAAUAUGCACACAAGGAUCCACACUGGCGAGGAACCUUUUUGAUGCUCAGUUCGGCCAAACAGUCUCUCAGGGUAAGCUUAAUCAGGCACACAGGAGCCCACACUGGAGUUGCCAAAAAGUUGAUUGAGAAUUUUGGGAGAUGAGCAGCAAUCCAUGAAGUUCUCACCUUCUAUUUGAGCAGACUUUAUGAGUUUAUGCAUCAAUGAUAGUUCUAUUCUAGUAUGCACCUUUUGAUUGAGAUGCUGAAGUUUAUUUUGUUUUUAGUUGUGUGUUCAUAUUUAGGGCAAGUUGCUUGGUUCUUAUUAGUGUUGGUUCAGGAUUUUGUUUUCUUCAGCUUUUCAUGUUCAUGCCUGGAAAGCGGUCUUUAAACCGAUGAUGAUGUGGAUAAGAAAAGUGAAAUAGUGUUGGAUAUCCCCCAUUUUUCUUCAACAGUCUUUUUUGUUACUUUACCUUACUAAUAACAUGUUAAAAUGUACUCGAGAUGUAUUAAGACAUUUCAUUCAAGAGUUGUUUACCUCACAGUAUCGACGUCCCAA